AUGAAUACAGGGACUAGAAUUCCAGCAGAAGCUGAAAUAGAGGGACUUCUGAAAAAACUCAACAAGCCAUCAGUAAAGACCAUACAGAGUGAAGAUGGCGACGUCGUUGACUGUGUUGACAUUUACAAGCAACCUGCCUUCGAUCAUCCUCUACUAAAGAACCAUACUAUCAUGGUUAGGUUUUUAUCUUGUCUAAUGAGGCCGAGUUUUUUACCCAAGGUGAAGAAAGAUAACUUUUCCUUGGAAGCAACCGGCCAACAAAUAUGGCAGAGGAGAGGAAGCUGCCCAAGUGGAACAAUUCCCAUUCAGAGAAUCCGAAAGAGAGACCUUCUGAAAGCUGGAUCCUUCGGACAUGGUGGUUUGAGCACUUACGAGCCACAGAAUUGUACAGUACAAACUGCUGGAGCAACGGAGAGUGAGCUACAGCCAUAUUAUGGAGUCAAAGCAUAUAUUAGCGUUUGGGAUCUGCUUGUUGUGAGUGGAGAAUGGAGCUUGAACUCAGUUGCAGCAGUAAAUCAUGGGAGCUUGGUCGAAGCUGGAUGGGGAAACCUUAGUACAUUUCCUUUAAUGAGAAAGGCUCAUCUUGGUCUUCAAUUUAAUGCAUUUCAGGACGAUAUCCAACAAAGUUGGUGGUUCUUACUUUCUGAUGAAAUAGUUGGGUAUUGGCCAAUGUCCAUAGUCCCUAAUCUUCCUUCUGCCAAACAAGUUGAAUGGCUAGGGAAAGUCUGUGACACGGAAACCAGAGGCUAUCACACCACCACACAGAUGGGGAACGGCCAUUUUCCCAGCGAAGGCCAUCUGAAAUCAUCAUUCUUCAGGGACAUGUUUAUGAAGACUAAACACGCGGACUUCGAUUAUCCAUUGCAUUUGGAGUAUACCAAAAUUCGUCAUUGUUAUGAUGUGGAGCAGGAUGAAUACGCAGUGCAUUUAUAUUACGGCGGACCAGGUGGUCCAUGCUGCGAUGGACGCUGCAGCUGA